AUGGUUGGUCCAGGAGGUCCGUUGUCUAUCCAGGCAUUGUUGGAACAGCAGAAGGCAGAACAAGAGGCAACUUCUAAGCCGAAGUUCCUCACUAAAGCGGAGAGACAGAAACUCGCGCUGGAACGACGAGAGCAGGACAUCAAAGAGCAAAAGGACAAAGAGGAGAGAUCGACACAAGAGCGAGAUGUUCUGGAAAAGCAGGCCAAUGAGCUGCGAUACCAAGGUCAAGCUUAUUCCGGCCCGGGUCGAGGAGCUCUGGAUCGACCAAGAUAUGAUGAUCGCGAUCGACACCGCGACAAGCGGAUAAGAGAUGAGCCUUCUAGACCAGCAUACCACCACCAGCAGGGCAUCCCAACUGGCCCGCGCGCGGAUCGGCUUCGAAAUGGCGGUCCACCGUCAGGACCGAGUAGCGCUGGACCUGCAAGUGGUAGUGCCACUCCAUCUGCACCAUCAGGACCAUCAUUUUCUGCCCCAGGAAAUGCACAAGCAUCUACUUCGACUCCCUCCUUACCGAGCAUGACUGAAGAUGACUUGUCAGCAAUCCGCUCACGCUACCUCGGCGUUGACAAGAAGAAGCGCAAAGUGCGCAAGAUGAGCGAUCGCAAAUUUAUCUUCGACUGGGAUGAACAGGAGGACACCGGGGACGGUGCCGAAACUUCGACGCCUGCAGUGAGAGCCGGUGUUAUGUUCGGUAGAGGGCAUCUUGCUGGCAUGGAUGACGGUGCACACGGCGGAAGAGGACAGGACGAGAAACAUGCUGAUCCUAUGGAACGACGUCAAGCCGCACGACAUACUGUGGACGAGCGGCAUUGGACAGAGAAAGCCCUGCCUGAGAUGAAAGACCGUGACUGGCGCAUUUUCCGUGAAGACUUCAGUAUUGCUGCUAGAGGUGGGCACAUACCUCUUCCUCUGCGUUCGUGGCAGGAAUCGAUCAUACCCGUCCCCAUUCUCGACAUUAUCGCAAAAAUCGGAUACGAAGAGCCAUCCCCCAUCCAGCGACAGGCUAUUCCAAUCGGACUACAAUAUCGAGACCUUAUUGGUGUUGCAGAGACAGGGUCCGGCAAAACCGCUGCCUUCGUGAUUCCUAUGUUGGUCUACAUCGGAAAACUACCUCCACUAACUGACGAUAACCGGCACCUUGGUCCGUAUGCCCUCAUAUUAGCACCCACUCGUGAAUUGGCACAACAGAUCGAAUCCGAGGCGCGAAAGUUCGCCGCUCCACUAGGGUUCAAGACUGUUUCCAUUGUGGGUGGUCGUGCGGUGGAGGAACAGGCGUUCAACCUGCGUGAAGGAGCCGAAAUCGUCAUUGCAACGCCCGGUCGUUUAAAAGAUGUCCUCGAUCGGCAUGUGCUGGUGCUGUCACAGUGCACGUACAUCGUGAUGGAUGAAGCCGAUCGCAUGGUCAACCUCGGCUUUGAAGCGGACCUCAAUUAUAUUUUGGAUGCCUGUCCGACUGAAUUCCUCAAGCCAGAAGACGAGUCUGCCGACGUCGAUACAGAUGGCAAGAACGCGAAGACGAGGGUAACAACUUUGUUUUCGGCAACUAUGCCCCCGGCUGUGGAGCGGUUGGCGCGCAAGUACCUCCGACGACCGGCCACCAUCACCAUUGGCGAGGCUGGCCGUGCUGUCGACACGGUUGAACAACGCGUUGAGUUUGUUCACGGUGAUGAAAAGAAGAAGCAGAGAAUGCUCGAGAUUCUUAAUACUGGGGGAUUCGAGGCGCCGAUCAUUGUGUUCGUCAACCAAAAGAAGACGGCAGAUAUGGUUGCACGGGACAUCCAACGAGCUGGAUGGAGCGCAACCACAUUACACUCCGGCAAGAAUCAAGAGCAGCGUGAGGCGGCACUCGCCGAUCUUCGCUCUGGCAAGGCUGCCAUCCUCGUCGCAACAGAUCUUGCUGGUCGUGGUAUCGAUGUUCAGGACGUCAGUCUAGUUAUCAAUUAUCAGAUGGCGAACACAAUCGAAGCAUAUGUGCACCGUAUUGGUCGUACUGGUCGUGCUGGCAAGCAGGGCGUGGCCAUCACGUUCCUCACAAACGAUGACGACGAGGUUAUGUAUGAUUUGAAACAAGAGAUUUCGAAGAGUCCCGUGUCCAAGGUGCCGCCGGAGCUGGCCAAGCAUGAGGCGGCCCAACAGAAGGUAACAAGGGAGAUGAAACGGAAGCGAGACGCCGAGGACCAGGGUUGAAGGUCUUCGCUUGCACCCGCCGGAACGGUCGCUGCGACAUGAAACAACCGACGCUGGGCCUGAAUAUUUGUGUACUGAUGUCAUGUGGAUGGAAUUGUAUAACCAACCCGUGACUGCCACUUUUGCACCACAACUGUGACGCUGGACUCGUCCUGAUCCGUGUAUUUUCAGGAUGGAUGAGCGGAAGGUCGGCUUCCGUCGGCACUCCUUUCCCGUACUUGACUCACCACGCAACGUGUACUCUCGGCCCGCUCCAGCCGUCCCGAUCGACAGGGUACCGGCACUCUGUGACUUCCGAGUUUUCGGGGAAAUAUAUCAAGAUCCACAGUCUGUAUGAUGCGUGAUCUGCCCAGGAACCCUGAAAGGGCGAACGUAAAUCUUUGUGUCGCUACAAAGAAGGGUUUAACAGACGAGAAUGAGGUUCCCAUACUCCGUACGAAGAAUGUCUGAGACCUUGAUAGCUGUGCUUGAGUGAUCGAUCUCUGAGACAGAAGCC